GAUUCAACAUGGCGGCGCCCGGCAAUAAUUUUCCGGUUCAAACUACUGAAGCCUCUCACAGACAAAGUGGGAGCUCCAAAGCUGUGCCCAAGGAUCGCAAAAAGAAGAAGAAGCAGAAGCCCAAGCCUGUAACGGAAGUGAGAGUGGAUAGAUCUGUGAUUUCCAAGUUGCACGUCCUGAAUAAGGAACUGGACGCCGUCAGGAGAGACCAGUCUCUGUCAGAGAAAACCAAGCAGGCAAGAGUCAACCAACUGGAGACAGAGAUCCAAAAGAUAGGAGGACUGGAUGCUUAUCAAGCAGCAUCCAAGCGUGGAGCCUGUUGCCAUGGCAACACAACUACGUCCAACUGGGUUAUCAAACAACUGAAGAAGUUCAAAGUCAAACCAGCUACAGAAGAAAGGAGACUGAGAUUGUUAGAUGUGGGAGCACUUGAUAACCACUACCAGAGACACGGUUGGCUGGACUGUACAGCCAUAGACCUGAAUCCACAGACAGACAGGGUCAUCAAGGCAGACUUCUUUCAAUACAAGGUAGAGGAAGGGUGUGAAUAUGAUGCUGUCGUGUUGAGCCUCGUCAUCAACUUUGUGGGAGACCCUAAGAAAAGAGGAGACAUGUUAAGACAUUGUUGCCGAGUGACUAAGGAAAAUGGCCACCUAUUUGUAGUGUUGCCCCUGCCCUGCCUCUCCAACUCCAGAUACCUGACACCCAAACUGUUCUGUGACAUGCUGGACAGCCUGGGCUUCCAGAAACUGUGUUGUCAUGACAGCAAGAGGCUUAGCUUCCUCAUGUUUCAAAGAAUUGGAAAGAGAAGAUCGAAGUCUUUUCCAAAGCAGGUGGUGAGGAAAGGACCAAGUCACAACAACUUCAGCAUUGUUCUCUGACAGUCACAUUCUGAGGACAUUUUCUGAUGUGUGGCUGUGUAAAUAUGCAGGGAAACAACAGAUAUAAAAAUUACAUGAUGUUUUUUAAGAACUUGUAAAGGUGUAAUGAUUGUCAGUUGACAGGAACUACCUUACUUGAGGUGAAGCCUGAGCUCAAGAAUAGAACAACUGAUCUAUAUCUGCAUAGGCAGUGCUUGUACAUGCAGUACAUAUC